CUCAUUCCCUUCCGGAGACUUGCUUCCUGCUGAAACGCAAUUCUCAAUCACAAACGGAAAAAAUAUCGACAUUCAUGGUUCCGCUCUAGAAAAAUUACUAUUCACACGUAACUGCCAAAUGAGCAAGUAUUUUCUGGGAGAUCGCGAGAAGAUAUCAGUGCCUGAAACCCACAGGAACGUCAAAAGUAUCGCUGGGUGAUUGGCUACUUUUCGUAGCGCCGAAGCUGAAAACAAUGCCACAUUUCUUGUGGCCGGAGCCGCUGUCAGCCGCACAACUCAAGCGGCUAGAGGAGCACAAAUAUAGCGCGUCGGGUCGAUCCCUGUUCGAACCUCCUUGUCAGAUAUAUUGGAAUUGGCUGGUCCAACAAAUUCCAACUUGGGUAGCGCCUAAUACUCUGACUAUAAUUGGACUGGUAAUAAAUAUAGUCACAACUGUAGUGUUGGUGUUUUACUGCCCAACGGCAACAGAGGAGGCUCCAGCAUGGGCCUUCAUUCUGAGUGCGUUGGGCCUGUUCAUCUAUCAGUCGCUGGAUGCCAUCGAUGGGAAGCAGGCCCGGAGGACAAACAGCAGCUCUGCACUGGGGGAGCUCUUUGACCACGGCUGUGAUGCUGUCUCCACAGUUUUUGUUUCCGUGGGAACAUGUAUGUCCUGUGGGAUAGGAAGCUACCCUGAUUGGAUGUUCUUCUGUGGCUUUGUGGGGAUGUUCAUGUUCUUCUGUGCACACUGGCAAACCUAUGUUUCCGGAACGCUGCGCUUUGGCCUGGUUGAUGUGACAGAGGUCCAGAUUGCCAUCGUUGUCAUGUAUGUGAUGUCAGCUUUUGGUGGCGUGGCCCUUUGGGACUACAGGUUGCCCGUCCUUGGGGUGAAGCUGUACGCCUUCCCCAUCAUGGGCAUCAUUGGGGGAGCCGUGUACUCCUGCUAUAACUACUUCCACGUCAUCCUCAACGGGGGCGUCGGCAAGAACGGCUCCACCGUGGCUGACACCAGUGUGCUGGCACCAGGUAUGCACAUCGGCCUCAUCCUCACACUGGCCUUCAUCAUCUUUAAGAAGUCAUCCAACCAGCUUUUUGAGCUGCACCCCUGCCUCUACAUCCUGACUUUCGGCAUGGUCGUCGCCAAGAUCGCCAACAAGCUAGUUGUGGCCCACAUGACCAAGAGUGAGCUUUAUCUCCCAGACACGGCGUUCAUCGGGCCUGGCCUCCUCUUCCUCAACCAGUACUUCAACAGCUUCAUCGACGAGCACAUAGUCCUCUGGAUCGCAAUGGUCCUGUCGUUGAUUGACUUGACGCGCUACUGCACAGGCGUGUGCAUCCAGAUCGCCUCUCACCUGCGCAUUCACGUGUUCAGCAUCACGGCGCAAGCUGCCCUCAAACGCAACUGACGUUUUGCCCGGCGGAAGGAGGCGGAGGACGCCGCCCCGCUCUUGAAAGCAGACGACGAUGAUGAAGAGGUCCCCUCCACCCCAAACCUCAGCAGCCUUGACACAGUGACCACCUCUGACUAAAGGUUGCCUGUAAUAACACUAGAGUAAUGACAGGAACGACGUAACCACCCCUGAUUAGAUCCAUCGUCAAGGGUAACACUCUGGUCUGUAUCUCACUGGAUGAGUGCAGAGUAGCUGGCAUGGAAAUAAGUUGGUUGGUUUUUCUUUGUCUCCGUAUAGGAAGUAAUCACUACCUGAGGUAAUCUGAGACUCAGAUUUGAUAAAUAUCAUCAGACCGGUUUUAACAUCCUCCAUUAUUUUCAGCUCAUUUAAUUUAGACUACAUCAUUACACUAUGGGUAAAAGCUACAAUACAUUUUUUUUGGCAAAGAUCAAAUGUUUCUCAGUGAUCAGAUAAAGGAGUUGCUUUGUGUUUUUCCCCCCUUGAAUUUGGUUUCUCUCAAUUGUUUUAACUUACAAUUGAUACAUAUUCCUAUCUAAUUGACCUAUAUUCAAUGUUGUAAAGUUAGAGGCUACAGUACUAGACACAUUUGUCUUUACUUAACAGCCUCUUGUUAAACAAUGUGAUAUCAUUGUUCAAAUUGAUAUUGUAGCUCUUAAUCAUUCACUAGUCAUGUUUAUUUAAUGAAUGAGACCCAAUCUGACAUGAAAUGAACUCGAUCAGUGCUAGGAAAUACAAAAUAAAUCAACCUUUCAACCUCGGAAAACUUCCAAAAGUAGAAUGAGACAUUCCUAAUGAGGUAUGGUACGUUAAUUGUCAAGGACUGCAGGUGAAGGGGCAAGGGUCUGGGUUAACGCUGAAAACAGUGACAUUUCUUCUACAAGGGCUUCCAUCUGACUGUGAAUCCCCAGUGUAUCCAGCACCAUGUAACCUCAACUCUACUCCAGUUGAAGUCCUUGUAGUCAUGUUGAUGUGUUAACACCAGAGUCCCAUCUGCUUUCAACGUUCUUCUCCGUAAAGGGCUAAUUAUUUGAUUGUACAGAAUUCUGUUUGGCGCCUUAAAUGUUUUUGAAUCCUUUGUUUUAAUUUUAAAAAUUUGAAGCAGUUUAGGAGCAAGUACUAAAAUGUUUAUUUUCUGCAUCACUAUGAAACCAGUAUUUAUGGUUGAAGUAUCAGACAAUAUACGUAACACUGAGAACGUUGUACUGGAACUUAUUUUACUGUUUACUAUAAUUCUGUACUGGAAGCCAUCUUUUUUUUCCCCAUCACAUUUAGAAAAUGCAUUAGGAAAAUGCAUUUGGUACAUUGUGAUUUGUUGAACGGUAUGAUUCUGAACUGUUUCAGGCCAUAGCUGAAUGCAUUGUUUGACAACUUUAGGAUAGACAGACAAAGGGAUGCAACGGUGUAUUGUUUUGCCUCUGCGGUCAUGUAACUAUUGGAACAAAGAUAAGUAAAUCAAGAACCCCUACUCUAGGAAUAUGCCCACCGUACCAUAGAGAAAAUGCCCCUAAAAAGGACAUUUUGACUCGCAGAUAUUUCUGGGUAGAAUUCCAAUGAGAGCCUUCAGAUUACGUAACAUUUCAAUAACUUUGUCUGGAAAUAACAGCCAACCUUAAGUUAGCCACCUGUUUUUGUUCAAUCAGGGUGUGAACUUAAACUAUGCAUUAAAUGCCACAUGCUCAAUUUUAACAUGGUAUUGCACUAUUCAAUACAAGUGAAACAUCUUUAUACUAAAGUUCAAAAUGAUUGUAAUAAAGAAAUAUUUUCCAUUCAA